UACAUCACAGUGUUCCCGGCACGCCGACAGUCACACGCAGCAGUUGAACCGGCGAAAAAAGAGCAGCUUUUCUUCUCUGUAGUGGAAAAUACUAAUAUAGCCAAGAUGAGCGACAUUGGAUACGAAGACAAUGAGUCCAAGUUGAUGAGAAAAAUCAAACAGAAUCCAUUCGUCCCUGCAGGGAUGGCUGGGUUCUUUGCUAUUGUGGCGUACAGACUGUUCAAGCUGAAGAGCCGAGGAGAGACAAAGAUGUCAGUGCACCUGAUUCACAUGCGUGUGGCUGCACAAGGCUUCGUGGUCGGAGCCAUGACUUUAGGAGUUGUGUAUUCCAUGUACAACGAGUACUUUCUGAAACCUGCUGAAGCACAGAAGGCGCUGGAGCAGAAAGCGUUGGAAAAGAAGUGAAGAGUAUUGUUGGUUUCCUGAGAUAUCCUUCGUACCACCUCAUAUUAAGGUGUCCCUUAAAGUGUAUUUAUAGCGAACUUUAUUUACUUAUUUCUUUACACGGUUUCCUAUUUAAACGUCAAAUAAACCUCGGAUGAGGAGGUUUGUGUGUUUGAGGAAUGACAAAAUAGUUCCUAUUUUGAAUCUGCCAACUAUUAUUUAUUUCUCAUAUCAGUAACAAGCUGAUAAUCACAGUAUAAAAGAUGAUUUGUUUUAUUUUUGGACAGGUAUAGUUUCUUUAAAAGUUUUGCUGCUUUUAUUUUCAUUUUGUGCCCUAAUUUUAUGAAUAAGGUGUGGCAUGAAAACCUUUGUACCAGUUUAGAUUUGUUCUUGUAUCACUUAUAUAGAGUAUAAAAUUACAGCAGAGCAAAAUAAGUAAUGCACAUUUAUAUAACGCAUUUAUUGUGUAUUGCCAUACACCCAAAGCGCUUUACAAUUGUGUGAAAGGGACUCUAUUAUACGUUUAGUCAUAAUUGUGAAAAUUCAUAACACACUGAACCUAAUAUGGGGAAUUUACCCGUGUUAAAUUACUACGGUACUAGGAACCACUAACAGGAUAUUCAGGAGUUCAGUCAACGCACAGUUUUGCUUCAUCAAUUUGAAGAGUGAGUGAGUGAGUGAGUGAGUGAGUGAGUGAGUGAGUGAGUGAGUGAGUGAGUGAGUGAGUGAGUGAGUGAAUGAAUGAGUGAGUGAGUGAGUGAAUGAAUGAGUGAAUGAAUGAAUGAGUGAAUGAAUGAAUGAGAGAAUGAAUGAAUGAGUGAAUGAGUUAGGGAGUGAGUGAAUGAGUGAGUGUGUGUGUGUGAGAGAGAAAGAAAGUGUGUGAGUGGACGUAUUAGCAUGUUAUUUGGUAGAUUGAUUGGUUGUGCAUCUGUGUGGAGCGAUUAUUUCACUUCUUUCUUUUAUAUUUCGACAUAAAUUCACAAAGUCCUAGUUUUAGAGUGAGCUAUAUUUUGAGGAUCUCUGCUUCGGCUUUGUUUAUCUUUGCCAAUAAAAUAAAAAAAAUGUGUCAUUUCAA